AUGUCUGGACGAGGAAAAGGUGGAAAGUCGAAGGCUAAGGCGAAGUCCCGAUCAACAAGGGCAGGAUUGCAGUUCCCAGUCGGUAGAAUUCAUCGUCUGUUGAGGAAAGGCAACUACGCCGAAAGAGUUGGUGCUGGGGCUCCCGUCUACUUGGCUGCCGUCUUAGAAUAUCUGGCCGCUGAAGUGUUGGAAUUGGCAGGAAACGCUGCUAGAGACAACAAGAAAAGCAGAAUCAUCCCCCGCCAUCUGCAGCUGGCCAUCCGUAAUGACGAGGAGUUGAACAAACUUCUGUCUGGUGUAACAAUCGCCCAGGGUGGAGUUUUGCCAAACAUUCAGGCCGUCCUCCUGCCAAAGAAAUCUGGAAGCGCCAAGGGAAAGUCCAGCCAAAGUCAAGAAUACUAGACUGAUAAGUCAAAGUUUUAACUCAACGGCCCUUUUAAGGGCCACCAAUUCUUUCGAAAAGAU